AGUAGUGUAACUGUAGUUAUUAGCCGUAGUAGUCAGUGCUACGGGAGGUGUGAAGCAGUGCGUGCGCGAAUAAUGCGUUCCGUGAUAUCUCUGUGUGUCUUGUGUGUGUAUUAUGCAGUCGGCGAGGAAGUAUAUACAGUAGCAGUACUGGGUCCUAACUCAGAAAUCUACGAGUAUGGAGAGAUUAGUAGAACAGCCAAGAACGCGGGUGCCGAUAUAUUGGUGAUACCGACACAGCAUACAGAGCCAGAAAGACGGACUAAUAGCUAUGAUAAAACUCUAAAGGCAUUGUCUACUGCUGCAAAAGAGGAAAGAAUCUAUAUCGUUGCAAACCUGUACAACAGUAUAACUUGUCAGAACAGACGAGAACUCUCGAGACACAAUGUGGUGUUUAAUAGAAACGGAGCCAUUGUUACAAUUUCCAAAAAGUCAACUCAUAACUGCAACGACACACAAGCGAAUAUGGUUUCUUUUGCAACUGAUUUUGGUGUCAAAUUCGGAGUUAUGGCGGAAGAAGACAUGGUUCUUCAUGAUGUCAGAGGUUCAGAUAUCAGAAACUACGUAGUUCUCGGACCUUGGUCGGCAACUACGCUGUUCUUAUCAGGUGAACACUUUACGCCAGUAUGGGCAUUUGCAACAAAAUCAAAUGUUAUAUCUCAAUACGGUGUUUAUGGCAGCAGUUCUAUAACGAGAUCUGGCAACAUUGCUAUAGCUGUACUUAACAAGAAUGGAAAUGAUGAUGAUCACAUCACAACCAAUCCUGUGGCUCUCUCGUCACUCCCAGGUGAAGACCUAAGUAACUACGUCAUCAAGCCACUCGACCUGGUCCGAGGCUCUGAAGGUUAUCAGGAGUCAGUGUGCCAUGAAAGCUUCUGCUGCGGCUUUGAUGUUAAGACUACUGUUAACGGUAACAUCAACAAGGCACUCUCAUUCGGUCUCACUGCAUAUGAUGGUCUACUAGACGUAGAGGGACACAGGGUCGGUACACAAACAUGUGCAGUCAUCGCUUGCGUGGGAUUGUACAAACGAUCUUGUUUAAUACAGGCCGGCAACACUUCUGUAAUCUUUGACAAGUUAACAAUAUCUGCCAACUUUAGCGUCAACACGGAACACUAUCCAAGUAUUCUCACUAGUACAGAAUCUACAAAACACAUUUUGUUCCAAAAAAACUUUGGGAAUAAUAUUGAUGUUAAAACCAUGAUUCAUAAUGCCGAUAAUUUAUUAAGAAUUGGAAUUUUUGGGCGAGAUUAUCGCAAAGAUUUCAUUGAACUACAAAAUAUCGACACAGAGUACAUAUCCAAUGAAAAUGUUGAAGAAUUUUUCGAUUAUCUAUGGAUUCGAUUGAGAGUGUUAAUUUUUGUUGUGUCUAUUUAUAUUUUAGAAAUGAUGUAAGCUAUUUAUCCAAUCGCGGUGUUAUUUAUAGUCAAAAUAAUAAUGUUCGAAAAUUAUAGUCAUAACGUUACCAAUGCCUGUCCGAGCUAGCUGUUGUAUGUUAGAUAUUGUUAAACUAUUUUGUCUAAGAAAUAUUUAUUACCUAAUCUACGGUCGUAUACCCACAAACCAGAACUAUAUAUUCAAGUUGCAAUCUUAAUACAAGGCACAAAAUAUGCCGUCUUCCUGAACGUCAUUGCACCUACUGUCAGCACGCUAAUGUGAUUCCAAUCCUUUGAAGCCUUUUUGUAUCAUCCAGGUGUAGUAGUAAUAUUUACACGUAUAUAAGAUAUGGAUACUAAGUUAACUUUCAUGAAAAAUUGAGGAUUAUGAAAAUGCUGGUAUACUUAACGCUUAAAAAGAUGAAUUAUCGAAACGAAAUAAAUAAUUAUUUUAAUAAAUGUAUGUGGGUCGUAUUAAAAUAAUAAAAACUAUAUCGUACGCCAAAAGUUAUACACGGUGAAUGCAAUUAGUUGUUGUUUCAAAUUUCAAUGGGGGCGCUGCAUCCGACGACUUUUGACGUGAACUUGGCGUCGCUUGUCGCUAAUCCCUAGAGUAAAUAAUAUGACCCUUGCUAUAGGCGCAACGCGCAACGCGCGGUGUGCCACUAAUACCAUUUUAGCAAUAAUGUUAUCUUUAUCAAACCUUCUCAAAAUUUAACUUAAUGUCUUCUCAGAAUACAAUAGAAGCUACAGUUUAAUUAUAUUAUCUUUAAAUUUAUCUAUAUAGUUCUUAUUAAUUUUAAUAAAUCAUUAGUUUAUAUUUUGGUCGCACACAAAUUUAUUAUUAUAGGAUGUAGGUACCUGUAGCGCAGUUAAGUAGAUAUUUCAAAACUAUUUAAAAUGUUAAUGUUAAAUGAUAUUUAUUAUACGUAUGCUAAAUAAGACUGAAAUUUUAUAUUUUUGUAUAAUACAUGUACUGAUCAGUAAUUAUCUAAAUAAUGUAAAUAUUUAUGUGUAACUUAAAUAGAAGUAAUUAAGUGUUAAAUAUUUUACUUAAUCUUUCCUCUCCUUAAUUAUUGUAGGUCUAAAUGAAUUUCAAAAAUCGUAUAGUUUCACCUCAAUACUGCCCUGUAUAAAAAUAUAUGUUAGGACUCGGGCGUUAUACAAUUUCGCAAUA